AGCACAAGAGUGCACGAUAGCCUCUCGGUUGUUGAUUAAUAUGAGCAUGGGGAGAAAGGGUAGAAUGUAUUCGUAAUGAACAGAGUUCCAUUUGAGAAACACACGCUAAUUAAUGCUACGCAGAACAUUCUGAAACAUUUAAAGGUCAGAAAACACGCAGUCUAAAAUGGUUGUUAAAAAGUAAAAAAAAAAAAAAAAGGUUUACGUUGCAAGUUGGAAAUCUCCGCAAAAGGGGGUUCUGUCGCUCGCACAUGAUACACCAAAAGCGAGUGCCAGAGGGAAACAUGAAUAUGAAUAACACCGAGACUACGUGCGAUGGAAGGGACGGAACCAUUCAAGAAGACGCCUCGACAGUGAAGCACUUUGCAGGAGCAGGGACCGGCAACCAGUUUCGUAGAGCAUCCACCCUCAGCCCCAAGACUUCCCUGCUUGGGUUACCUGGGGUUAUGGAUGCGGAAGGGAGAGUGGACGAGUCGCGGCUGCGGGCGUACAUCGUUAAAAAUGGGGGAGUGCUGCCUUCUGAGCGUGGGCAGGCGUGGCGCUUCCUGUUUGGCAUGUUCCCCUGCAGCUCCACUGCUCUGGAGCGCCCCCUGCUGCUGGAGCAGCUGACGGUGCGGUAUCAGGUCAUGAAGAGGAAGUGGCAGCAGCUGCUUCCUGGCUAUGUGCGUUUGCACCUCAACGGCACUGACGCUGAGCUGGUUGCUGCGGUGAAGUACUAUGAGCAAAGGAAGACGGCGGAAGAGCAACAGUGCCAAGAGCAGAGUGAGGAGGUCAAGGAGAGACUGGCCUUCCUGGAGCUACAGGCACAGGUUGUUUUUGAGCGGGUCACUUUUGAUGUGGAGGAGCUGCAGGAAGCCAUACGCAUCAUCGACAAAGAUGUCCCUCGCACAGACAGAGACCUGGCCUACUACCUUGGAGAAGGCUCUGGCAACCUUUUGGUCCUAAGAGAGAUUCUUAUCACAUAUGCCGCAUUUCACCCAGAGGUCAGUUAUGCCCAGGGAAUGAAUGACCUCUGCAGUCGCUUUCUGGAGGUGCUGGACUCCGAGGUGGACGCCUACUGGAGUUUUGCCUGCUACAUGGAGAAGUUCUCCCGGGACUUCCGGGCAGAUGGCCUGCACCGCAAGAUCGAGCUGGAGGCGGAGUUACUGAAGGAGCUGGACCCCCAGCUCCACGCCCACUUGGUCACAGACAACAUGGACAGGCUCACCUUCUGUCACAGAUGGCUGCUCUUGGGCUUCCAGAGGGAGUUUGAGCACAGUGACGCAUUGCGCCUCUUUGAGAUCCUGAGCUGUGACCACCUGGAGCUCAUCUCCCAGCAGGUGGAGCGCGCUCACUACAGGGAGAGGCUGGCCCGCAAGCUGAGCCUGGAGGACAGGCCCAGUUCAGAACCGCAGGCCAUCAACACGGAGUUCACCUUGGAGCUGUUCAUCGGUGCCGCCAUCCUGCUGCAGCACCGCCACGCCCUGCUCCAGUGCCGGACCGAAGUGCAGCUCAUCCAGUUCACGAGCAGUCUGCAGGGGACCCUGGAUCUCAACAGCAUACUGAAGAAAGCUGAGGACCACUUCUACAAUUACUGCAAGAGGUCGGCCUGGGACCACCUCAACGGCGGCUGCCGAACCCACAAGAGCAAAGAGGAUCAGUUCAUUCACCAGCUCCGCAAUCUCUUCUCCUGAAUCCGGCAGAGCGCAGGGUGGGGAACUCCCAUCAGGACCGUUUGGAACCUGCUGAAUGUGAGGACAGUUCAAAAUGUCCUCCAGUGUUUCCUGCCUUGUUACACCCCCCCCUUCCAGAAUCAUGCUGCUUUCUCCAAACACCUGCCCUAAACGUUGUCAUUUUUGUCAUGUUACAUUUAUUUGUUCAUUUCAUUUCUGUGUUCAAAGUGGUAUUUAUUUGAUAGAUAAUACAGGAAUAGCAGGAAACAAAGUAUGGAAAGAGCAGUCCUCUGGCAGUCGUAGGGUUGCCGGUUAGAUCCCGCCCUGGAUGUGUCGAAGUGUCCAUGAGCAAGAACCUAACCCACAAUUGCUGGUUGGUGCCUUGCAUGGCAGCCAAUUGCCGUUGGUGUGAGUGUGUGUGUGAAUGGGUGAAUAAGAAGCAUGAAUUGUACAGCACUUUGGAUAAAUGCGCUAUAUAAAUGCCAA